AUGGCAAAUAUGAGCUCGCCUUUCGACCCGUUCAAGCAGAACCUCACUUUCCACUAUGGCGACGGGACUCCAUUUGUGGUCUCUGUUGAAGACAUAGAUAUCGGACUACUCCAAUACAGCAUCCGCUGCUGUAUCAACUAUGGAGCUCAGCUCGGCGCUUCUAUUGCUAUUUUCAUUAUCCUUCUGUUGCUCACUAGACCCGAGAAGCGUGGCUCUGUGGUCUUCUCCCUUAAUGCGGCCGCGUUGCUGCUUAAUAUCGGUCGUAUGAUCUGCCAGGUGGCUUACUUCUCCGGGGCUUUCGUGCGCGUGUACCCGUACUUCGCAGGCGACUUCUCUAGAGUGCCAAAAUCUGCUUACGUCGGUUCCAUCAUGGGGGUGAUUUUCCCUGCCCUCCAGCUGUUCUGCAUCGAAGGGUCAUUGCUGCUCCAGGUGCAAGUCGUUUGCGCGAAUCUCCGUCGUCAUUACCGCCACGCCCUGCUGGUCGCUCUGGGCGUCGUUGCCCUCCUGGCAUUGGGAUUCCGGAUGACGUUGAUGGUGCUAAACGCAGAGCUCGUCAUGCAUACCAAUGUUCCAUUUUCCAUCAACUGGCUGGAAAGCGCCUCCAAUAUCACUCUUACAAUCAGCAUCUGUAUCUUCUGUGCUGUCUUCGUCACCAAACUGGGCUUCGCCAUCCACCUGCGCCGCAGACUUGGAGCCAGAGACUUUGGCCCGAUGAAAGUGAUCUUCAUCAUGGGUUGUCAGACGUUGGUGAUUCCCGCGUUCUUCUCAAUCCUUCAAUAUGCAGUCGUCGUCCCCGAACUAUCCUCCAACGUAUUGACUCUUGUCACCCUGUCCUUGCCUCUCUCUGCCAUCUGGGCCAGCACCACCCUCUCCCAAUCCAAUACGUCUGAUUCUAACCAUCGCCCCAACAUCUGGAAUGGCCUCACUUUCCACAGAAAGCAGAUAUCGUCGCUGACAACGUCAUCUGGAAAACCAAGCACUACAUUCUGCUAUGCCGACCAGACGUCCCCCAAGCAAAUCCAGCAGCAUCAGCCGGUGCAGGAUCCGGAACAAGGCUAUGGGAUCUCCAUCGAGCACGAUAUUUCGGUUCAAAGUUACCGGAAGGAUCAGCAAUGCAGCCUGUAG